AUGGCCAACAAAGACCACAAGGAUGCGGAAGAGGUUGAGUAUGCAGCCGAUACACAGGGCAAGGUCCCUGGCACUAUCUUACCACUCAUAAUGCCACCCUCCUUAGCCGCACUUUCAGAGAGCGAGCUAGAGAAGGUCAAGCGUCGAGCAACUCUAAAGCUGGAUGCGCAAAUCAUGCCGUGCAUGGUGUUGAUGUACAUCAUGAAUUAUCUCGACCGGCAAAACAUCGCUGCGGCCAAGCUUGCCGAGAUUGAAAAGGAUUUGAAAAUGACGGACGUGCAGUAUCAAACGUGUGUCAGCAUUUUGUUUGUGGGAUACAUUUUAAUGCAGGUCCCAUCGAAUAUCAUAGUCGGGAAAAUCAAAGCACCAGGCGUAUACAUUUGUUUUUCAAUGGGACUUUGGGGCGCUCUUUCAGCCUGCACAGCUGCAGUCCACAAUGCCUCUGGUCUAAUGGCUUCCCGUUUCUUUCUGGGAUUUGUCGAGGCCGUGUUCUUCCCUGGCGCCCUUUUUUACAUGUCGUUAUUCUACACUAAGAAGCAGUACACACUUCGGACAGCCAUUCUGUAUUCGGGUUCGCAGCUUGGCAAUGCCUUUGGUGGACUCUUUGCUGUUGCAAUUUUGAAGUUGGAUGGCCAUCAUGGUCUGGAGGGUUGGCGAUGGCUCUUCCUAGUCGAGGGUGCUGCUACCAUUGGUCUGGCCAUAAUACUCGCAUUUAUUCUGCCCAACUCGCUGAAAUCCCUCACUGGGUUUAAUGAGAUCGAGAAGGAGUAUCUGUUGUGGAGUUUUGAGGAAGAUCAAGGCCAGCAAGAUAAUGCCGAUGAAGUCAGCGCCUACAAGGGUGUUAUGAUGGCUGUAACAGACCCAAAGACUUGGCUUCUGAUGGGCACACUUUACUCUAUUUACAUUGUGGGGGCUGUGACCAACUUCUUCCCUUCGGUAGUAGCAACCCUCGGAUAUUCUCGUAACAAGACAUAUGGCCUUACUGCGCCACCUUAUGUUCUCUGCGUCAUCGCGAUGAUCAUCAACGGAUUUCACUCGGACAAGAAACAAGAGCGUUACUUGCACAUAGUUUGCCCAAUGAUUGUUUGUCUCGCGGCCAACAUAAUUGCCGUCUCCACGCUGAACACGGCCGCUCGCUACGUUGCCAUGAUGCUUCUGCCAGGAUCCUUCUAUUCGGCAGGCGUUGUUGUUCUGUCCUGGGUAGCUGGAACCAUAUCGCAGCCUUCAAUCAAGCGAGCGUCCGCCAUUGCUAUAAUCAACUCUAUCUGCAAUACCCCUAACGUCUGGGGCUCAUACCUCUAUUAUUCCGAGCCACGCUACCUAACCGCCUUCUUGGUUAAUCUUGCCGCCUCUGUUUUAACCGUCAUCUUAGCCACCGGAACUCGAAUUUAUCUACGCCGCCAGAACAACAAACUGGAUCGGGGCCAAGAUACAGGGCGGAAUGGUCCAACCCCUGCGCAGGUUGCUGCGGGUUUCCGCUACACGAUCUAA